UUAUGUUUAACCCCUCAAACCUCCCGGACCACCUCUUCCCACAGUAACCCUUACUCUCCUCCCUCAAAAUCCCCUUCCUCUUCCUUCCCCGCCUAAAUCCCCCUCAGGCGCACUUAGAGCCAAGUUUGGCAGACUAUUUCUACGUGGAAAUAAUUAAACUGUUCGACCACUUGGCUUGGCUUGGAAAUAAUUGGAUUAUAGAGAGGAAUUUGAAGAGAUAGGAAGCGAGGAAAGUGAAGAGAAUAUAGUGGAAUGAGCAAAAAAACAGACAAGAAUUUAGCGAAGAAAGUGAUAAUAAUGAUUCCCCUCCCAGAUUCAUAUCAGAGUGCUUGGAAUUAGAUGAAAAAGAAACAAAUAAAAACCUCUAUGACCUUAAUAGUCUUGGGCUACCUGGUACAUCACAAGAAAUUAAAAAUGAAUUAAAAGCUGAUGCAGGAAAUAGAGAUAAUACUUCGAACGAUACUCUGAAAGAUAUAGAUACCCAACGUAAUGAAAACUCAGGCUCAACUGAAGACUCAAGUAAAACAAGAAUAACAUGAAAGAAUUAAAAAACUCUUCCAGCCCAAAAGGGCCAAAAAGAGGACUAAAAAAGCCUCCAAAGGAGCCUAAAAAGCCUAAAAAUCCCUUGCUUCUUUCGAGCCCUUUGAAGCCAUGGAGCACCUGUGUUGCAAACCAGGCCCUUCUCCUGCUUGCGAAGAGCGAUUGGAUCAGAAGAAAAUACAAAGACGCUUCAAGAUCUUUCAUGAACCAACGAGGUGACAACCAUCUGGACAGACAAAAAGUCACUAAACUUCUGUCUAUGAACCCUGAUUCCUUCUGGGACUGCCUAGUUACCGCUAGUCUUGAUAAUUCUCCACUUGUGGAGGAUAAAGAUGGGAAACUAUUUCUGACUGAUCCUGACGAGAACCUGAAUGAGCAAGAGAAGGUUGAGAAAAUGACAGAUAUAAUACUAGAGAUGCUCAUCUCAGACACCCGUAGCAAAAUAUCAGAUAAAAUCUCGUCUCUCAAAAAACUAUCCAACCACUUGCUUCUCAAGUUCAACUUGUUUUGCAUUUAUCACACAUCAAUACUCACUCCAGAUCAGGAAAAUUCUAACCCAAGUCUUGAUUACCUUAAGAAGACAAUGCAAGAAUGCUUUAACAAGGUAAGUCUUCUCAAACUCCUCUUCUCAACCACCUACAUCCCAGUCACUCCAUUCCCAAAGGUCCUAUCCGCCCAACAAAAACGCCAACCUAAAUAACCUGACCCAAGCCAAUCCUCAAAAAACUCAGAACAAAUCUCUUCUAAAGAAAAGGGAAAGGAAGGAGAAGGAGAUAGGAGAUGAGAGAGGAAGGGGAGAUAGGGUAGAGGAAGCGGUGAUGUUGAUUUUGAAGCAAAUAGGGUUUGAUGAGUUGAUAAAGGAAGAGGUGAGUGGAUCUGAAGAGAGCAGAGAGGAGAAAAAGAAUUUAGGAGACAUUUCGGGAGACAUUCAGCAUGCUUUUGUAAAGAGAAACAAUAAAUAUCGGUGGGAGGAUGGCUAUUUAGAGAACGAGAAGAACAAUUAUAAUUUAAACGGAUACAUUUUAUAA